CUCCCUGCGCAGCUUUAACUGAGUGAAGAGAAAUGUGAGCGGGCACACAGCAUGCUGAGGAGGAUAGAGGAAAGCUAUCAGUGAAGGCCCCGGGAUCAUUUGUUUCUGCUUGCAUGUUUUACUGAGCUGACUGGGGAUUCGGACAAUUACUCGCUCGGACACUCACCAGGAAUUGGGUUGGCAAUGAGCCACAGAUCUCAAGAGCGAGGAGGCACCCUCCCAGCUGGUGAGAAGACUUCUAAACCCAGCGGCAGGUCCAUUUAUGAGCAGAGGAAGAAAUAUUCCAACACCAACUUCAUAAUGGACGAUCAGUCCCAGUACCACGUGAAUCAUCUGACCACCUUUCCCCUGGGUCCUGACGAGGAGACCCAGACUGUGGAGGAGUCCAUUAGGAAGCUGAAGAGCUUAGACAGCAAAGGAAGGAUCUGGACACAGGAAAUGUUGCUGCAAGUCAACACCUCGGCCGUCAGUCUGGUGGACAUUGAGUCCAAGGAUGAGCUGGAGACCUACCCUCUGAUGGCUAUUGAACAUUGUGACUCUCUGCUGAACAGCUGGCGAUACAAUUCCAUUCUCAUCCUGGUCUGCAAGGAGGCUGACCAAGCCAAACCCGACAUCCACUUCUUCCAGUGCUCUGAGGUUGGGGCUGACCUGAUUAAGUCUGACAUCAACAGUGCGAUCACAGACCUGAAGAGCGGAAGAGCUGAGAGACCAAAUGCCCUCAGAGUGAACAAAGAGAGGAUGGACGAACAAGGAAAACUGCCUCCCUCCCCUCCAAUGAAGAUGGCCCCCAAAGCUCCAAUGACCUACAACCCCAUGAACAAGUUCCAAGGCUCCUUUACGGCUCCACCAUUGCCGACUGCCGCUCCAGGUGUGGCUGUUGCAGAAUCGAACGGAGCUGACAAGGGCGCUGAGAACAUGACGGAGCAGAGAACAGCACGCGAGGUGAUGAUCUUGAACCACACCUUCGACGAUAUUGAGGGCUUCAUGGCAAGGCUCCAGAAAACAGCCGAAGCAUUCAAGAUUCUGGACCAAAGGAAGAAGAGCAGAAUGGGCCGGAAGAAGACCCCAAAGGAAAGUGGAGAGGGACUCCUGACACUGCGAGCUCGACCCCCAAGCCAACAGGAGUUUAUCGAAAUCUUUCAGAAGUACAAGUAUUCCUUCAGCCUCCUGGCACGAGUGAGGAACCACAUCAUCAACCCCAGUGCGACUGAGCUCAUCCACUUUCUGUUUGGACCGCUGGAAAUGAUGGUACAGGCCACGGGUCUGGACAUUGCCAAGUCAGUGGCUACCCCGUUCCUGACCAACGAUGCGGUCCAUCUUCUGGGCGUCACACUGACCGAAGCAGAGAAGAUGCAGUGGCAUUCACUGGGCGAGUACUGGACAAAGCCAAGGCUGGAGUGGCCCCCCGAGCACUGGGGAAGCCCCUACAACAUCCGGUUCCAGUCGGGCUGGACCCCCGAUGACCUCGACCCAAACGGGGUCCCGUGGGAGGAUCCCGUGGAGUUGCAGCAUAAGCACGAGCUUCUCCGCAUGCAGCAAUCCGGCCCUCAGACCGUCCCCGUUAAACAGACCAAUGGGACCCACGAGGCUCCAGCGAAGAUGAGGUGUAGCUACGACUUUGUGGCUCGGAACAGCAGUGAACUCUCGGUCUUGAGCGGAGAAGUGGUGGAGGUGCUGGACGAUUCCAAACGGUGGUGGAAGGUGAUGAACCAGAGUGGCCAAAUCGGAUACAUCCCCUUCAACAUUUUGGAGCCUGUCCCCGCUCAGGACACGGUAGAUAACUCCAGCCUAUAUGCACAGAUAAUCCCCAAGGGCAGCCGACAUAAAGAUAAGGUCACCCCCCCUCCGACACUCCAGAAGAAGGUGAUGCCACCCAACAGCACUCCAGCGUCCUGGGACCACGAGACUGGCGGGGUGACACAGAAAGAGAAAGAGCGUCACUCGCAGAUUAACGUCAUGAAUGAAGAGCUCCUGCUGAGAAUAGCGAAUGGGCGCACGUCGCAACCCAAGAGCUUCCACGUACAGAAGACGCUCGACACCUCUGUACCCCUGCAUUACAGUUCCUCUCCAAGUGAAGUCAGGACUUGGCUGGAGGCCAAAGGCUUUAACCAGAUGACGGUGAAGUCACUCGGGAUCCUGACCGGAGCUCAGCUUUUCUCUCUUGAGAAGGAAGAAUUGAGAUCAGUGAGUCCAGAGGAAGGAGCAAGAGUCUACAGCCAGAUCAUGGUCCAAAAAUCACUGCUUGAGGAAAACCGGAGUAUAACAGAGCUGGAAGCCAUAAUGGCGAAACAGAAGAAAAAAGUGGAUUCUGAAAUAAAAAUGUCCACUUUGUGAGCAGUGGGCCUUAAAGACUUGAUUUUUCAGCCAUCUCUUUGGACAGCAUGAUUAGACAUGCAGCUGUGCCAUGUUAGUUCUAUAGGCCCCUUAUUACCCAGCGAUAUUGUACAUUGGACAAUUACUUCCAAUUCCAUAUUUAUUGCCUUUGAUAAGAAAAAGCCAUUUUGGGGGAUGAAAUUCCAUGGAUUUAAAAUUGACCUCAGUGGAAGUAGAAGAUUGCUGCCUCUGUUUUAAAAGGAAAGGUUGAAAAUUGGGGUUCUGAGGGAGGUGGAACAGCGAACAGGUUUGAACAAAAGGAACUGAUAUUUUUCACAGGUGCAAGUCCUGAUGAAAGGUCUCGGCAUGAAGUUGUCGACUGUUUAUUUCCCUCCAUAGAUGCUGCCUUAUCUGCUCAGUUCCUCCGGUGUUUUGUGCAUGUUACUCUGGAUUUUCUGCAUCUACAGAAUCUCUUGCUUUUCUGAUAUUUUUUUCACAAGCCUCCCUUUAGCCGAAGGACUGAGCAUUGGGGCACAUCGUCCUCAUUUGACUGACAAGAGCCUGUAAAUCUCUAACUGGAGAACCACUGGAGGAAGACAAUGAGAGGGCAGCUUCUCAAACCAGGGCGAGGAGAAAGCUAGGAGAAUGAUUUAUGUAAUAGCUUUUCGAUAAAAUUUGGAUAUUUUAUUCAGUUAAUUGUUUGGAUGCUUGCAUGCUGCUUGUACAAACAACUAUUGUCUGACUCUUGCCCGAAGCUUUCGGACAAGGUUGAGGUGAUUUCCUGACGAUCCCUGUUCUGAACAACCAAGGUGAAGAGUGUUGUGCACAGUUGUGAGUAAGGGCGGUUCACAGGAGCAGGGGCUGCCGUUACCCCCGUAACCAUUACAUGUGCUUAGGGUGUGGGUACAUGAGAGAUACCUCCUGACCAAUGUGACCAAUUGAGAGCUCCAGAGCAGGCCCAGGGGACCAGCCCUAAUAGGUGUGCAGACCUGUCAGUAGCAAAGUCUCACCUUCCUGACCACGAAGCCCAUCACUGCUCCAGCAAAUCGGUGUGAACUCCCCUUCCCACCUUCCCACGCACCUCCUUCACCCAUUUUGCCUGGGGUUUGACAAGGCUAUGUGAUUGCGUACCACAUUGGCACCCUUUAGCCAUGGUGGUCUACAUCACCGAGGAGUACUUUACUUGGUGUUAGGAAACGUUGGUCUCUUGGCCUAGCAACAAUGAUGUCCCCUACUGCUUGGUGGCAGAUGUGGCAUAGAGUCAUAGAGCACUAAAGCACAGAAACAGGCCCUUUGGCCCAUCUAGUCCAUGCUGAACUGCUAUUCUGCUUAGCCCAUCAACCCACACCUGGACCACAACCCUCCAUACCUCCCCAUCCACGUACUUAACCAAAUUUCUCAACAAUUUUGCAAUCAAACCCGCUUCCCCCAUUUCUGCUGGCAACCACACUCUCUCCACCUUCUGAGAGAAAUUUCCCCUUAAACAUAAACAAGAGAAAACCAGCAAAUGCUGGAAAUGCGAGCAACACACACAAAAUGAUGAAGGGUCUCAGCUCAAAACAUCGACUGUUUACUCUUUUCCAUUGAUGCAGCCUGGCCUGCUGAGUUCCACCAGCAUUCUGUGUGUGUUACCCCUAAACAUUUCACCUUUCUCUCUUCAUCCAUGGCCUCUAGUUCUAGUCUCACCCAACUUCAGUGGGAAAAGUCUACUUGCAUUUACCCUUUAUACUCUUCAAAUUUUAUAUUCCUCUAUCAAAUCAUCCCUCGUUUUCCUGCGCUCCAGGAAAUAGUCUUUUCGACAUUGACCUAUAAACUCAAGUCCUCAAGACCCGGCAACACCCUUGUAAAUGUUCCCUGCACUCUUUUAGUGUUAUUGACAGCUGUAAGUGACCAGAUCUGGACACAAUGCUCUGAAUUUGACCUCACCAGCGUCUUGCACAACUUCAACACAACAUCUCAACUCUUGUACUCAAAACUCCAGUUUAUGAAGGCCAAAAAGCUCUCUUUACAACCCUAUCUACCUGUGACACCACUCUCAAAUUAUUAUUGAUCUGUAUUUCCAGAUCCCUCUGACCUACCACAUUCCUCAGUGCCUAGCUGUGGGUCCUUCAUCCUAGACUCACCAAAACUGAACCAUAAAAGGUGAGGGAGAGGGUCAUCUCACCACGGAGAGCAGUUGCACCCCUACCCCCCCCCCCCAUGGGAGUGGGAAAUUGCCCACCAUCAGACCCUCCCACGCUAUGCUGCUCAAUGGACACAUCUGCCUGUAGGGAGGGGGCAAAGACUUUGCAUCUAGGCGUAGGACAUGUUCUGAACCACGGAGGUGGGCAUGCACAGCACAAGGGAGGGCACGGGCAGAGUUAGGUGGGGAUGUAGGAAUUUAGGGAUGGAAAUGGAGAGAGAAAGGUAGAAUUUUCCGACUGAAUGGGGCGGGUCAGAAGGGGGGCCACAUUCUUCACCAGCUCCCUGGUGACUGAGAUACUUUGUUUACUGUAUUUAUUAAUAAACUCAUGAUUACUGUCAGAAUGCAAUGGCGGCAGUCACUCGCUGUAAGGUGAGGUCUCUUUACUUGCUACCCUGAGGCUUUCACAACUGAAGACCAGGGUGACCAUUACUGACAUUAAACAGAUCGCCUAAAGUUUCUCCAAAUGCUGCUAAUUAUGUUUUCACUGUAGAGGUAGUAACGUCGAUCUGGGUCAUAUACACUCUUCUGUGUAACGGCGUUAAGCUCCCAACCACAGAAGUGUGUUGCCUUUAACUUCACAUCAUUUUAAUGGGUGUCCUGCAGUUCAUUCACUUUCCUCCUCUGGGCGAUGAAACAAUAUUGUAGUAAUGUAUAUAAAUCAUGUAGUUAUAUAUAUUAUAUAAAAUCAGAUGUAUAUAGUUGUCCUCCCAGCCAGCAGGAAAAUAUGGGGCUUAUCUUUGGACAACAUUGUGAUCUUUGGCAAGCUCCCUUUUGUUUAAUUUCUGUAAGAAAUGCAUUUACAGAUACAUUCACGCGGCAGCUUCAAGAACGAAUAAACAUCCUAAAGGACAAAACACUGUUUCUGCCUCUUCAUAUGUUUUAGAAACUACAGAUACAAGAGCGCAAAUAUACGCUUUGGACUAAAACCCAAUCCACUGUCCGCAUUCCCACUCAGUCCUCACAGUUCCUGAUCUGUAUCCAUUGAGGCGGGAUCCAGGCCCCAUCUCCAAUAUUUUUUUUAAAGUAUCAACAGUACAUACGCGCAGAACCGUG